CAACACCACACCUCCCGCAGCUGUGGGCUGAACCAGGAAGUCACUCCCCUUCUCUCUGUCACGCAGUUUCAGAGAAACGAAACUUAACUCUGUCAGUGUUAGCAGUAAAAUGGCUGAAGGUGGAGGUUUACUGGAUCAGGACCAGUUCAGCUGCCCGAUCUGUCUGGAUGUAUUGAAGGAUCCAGUGGCUAUUCCCUGUGGACACAGUUUCUGUAUGGGCUGUAUUAAGGACUGCUGGGAUCAGGAUGAUCAUACUGGUGUCUACAGCUGUCCCCAGUGCAGAGAGACCUUCACCCCAAGGCCUGUUUUAAGGAAAAACACCAUGCUGGCUGGAGUGGUGGAGAAGCUGAAGAAGACAGGACUCCAAGCUGCUCCUCCUGCUCACUGUUACGCUGGACCUGGAGACGUGGCGUGUGAUUUCUGCACUGAAAGAAAGCUCAGAGCUGUCAAGUUCUGUCUGGUGUGUCUGGCCUCUUACUGUGAAACUCACCUCCAGCCUCACUAUGAAUUUCCUGCGUUAAAGAAGCACACACUGGUCAAAGCCACUGGAAACCUGCAGGAGAAGAUCUGCUCUCAUCAUAACAAACUGCUGGAGGUUUACUGUCGUACUGAUCAGCAGUGUAUCUGUUAUCUGUGUACGAUGGAUGAACACAGUGGGCAUAAAACAGUCUCAGCUGCAGCAGAAAGGACUGAGAAACAGAAGCAACUGGGGGAGAGACAGAGUAAAUUCCAGCAGAGAAUCCAGGAGAGAGAGAAAGAGCUGCAGGAUCUGAGACAGGCUGUGCAGUCACUCAAGCGCUCUGCGCAGACAGCAGUGGAGGACAGCGAGAGGAUCUUUACUGAGCUGAUCCGCUCCAUUGAGAGAAGGCGCUCUGAGGUGAAAGAGAUGAUCAGAGAUCAGGAGAAGGCUGAGGUGAGUCGGGCUGAAAGACAUCAGGAGCGACUGGAGCAGGAGAUUGCUGAGUUGAAGAGGAGAGACGCUGAGCUGGAGCAGCUUUCACACACAGAGGAUCACAUCCAUUUCCUCCAGAGCUGUCAGUCUCUCUGUGUCCCUCAUGGACUUGGAGACUUUCUCAGCAUCACUGUCAGUCCACACGACUCUUUUGAGGCUGUGAGGAAAUCUGUCUCUGAGCUGAAUGACCGACUGGAGGAUGUUUUCAAGGUGGAGUUGGUAAAAGUAUCUGGAAGAGGUUGGUGGACAAACCCUACUGCCAAAAGUGGGCUUAGCCACUGCAAACCACACACUGUAGGGGAGGUCCAUAUUCUAGAGCCCAAGACCAGAGAGAACUUCUUACAACAUGCCUGUCAGCUCACACUGGACCCCAACACAGCACAUCAAUGCCUCUGUCUGUCUGAGGGGAACAGAGAGGUGACCCGUGUAGACGAGAUCCAGUCAUAUCCUGAUCAUCCAGAGAGAUUUGAGCACAAAGCCCAAGUGCUGUGCAGAGAGGGUCUGUCUGGACGCUGUUACUGGGAGGCAGAGUGCAGUGGGGAUAGGGUUCAUAUAGCAGUGUCAUAUAAAGAGAUCAGCAGGAAAGGGCUGGGUAAUGACUGUGCUCUGGGACGGAAUAACAAGUCCUGGAGUUUGCGCCGUAUUAGCGCCAGUUACUCUUUCUGGCACAAUGCUAAGCGCACUGAAAUCCCUGCCCCCCCCUCCUCCAGAAUGGGAGUGUACCUGGAUCACAGGGCAGGAACUCUGUCCUUCUACAGCAUCUCUGACACAAUGACCCUCCUGCACAGAGUCCAGACCACAUUCACUCAGCCCCUCUAUCCUGGGUUUUGGGUUGGUACUGGAACCUCUGUAAAACUGUGUGAUCUGGUAUGAGGCAGGGAGUGAAUGUGAAGAUCAGCUGUAAUUACAGAGAGGGGAAUACACUGAAAUGAGACAGGAAAUGAGUUCAAUUUAAUUAAAUAUUGAACAUUAAAAGAUGAACUGGUUGAAAUAAAAAUGGAAUCCAGACCACAUUCACUCAGCCCAUCUGUUCUGGGGUUUGCUUGCACUCUCAUCACGUUUACGGUGACUAUCUUAUUGUAGUUUGCUGUCACGGCCAAGAUUCAGUUCAAGGUGUUUUAUAAUUCUGUCUGCUGCUUCUUUUUGUAUUGAUUAUGUAAUGAUGCUGGGAAAUUGGGAAUUGAUUAAUAAAAAGAAUAAAAUUAAUAAAAACGAU